GGCAUUCCUGGUAGCAGAGAGCUGAAGUAAUGAGAAGGCAUCAUGGAGGCCCAGUCCCACAGCUCCACGACCACUGAGAAGAAGAAAGUGGAGAAUUCCAUAGUGAAAUGCUCCUCGCGAGAUGUCAGCGAGAAAGCCGUGGCCUCCAGCACCACUUCCAAUGAGGAUGAAAGUCCUGGACAGACCUAUCACAGAGAGAGAAGAAACGCAGUCACCAUGCAGCCACAGAGUGUCCAGGGGCUUGGCAAGAUCAGCGAGGAGCCUUCGACAUCCAGUGAGGAGAGGGCCUCGCUGAUCAAGAAGGAGAUCCAUGGGUCCCUGCCGCACCUGGCCGAGCCCUCCGUGCCAUACCGCGGGGCCGUGUUUGCCAUGGACCCCCGGAACGGUUACAUGGAGCCUCACUACCACCCUUCUCAUCUCUUUCCUGCAUUCCACCCUCCCGUACCAAUCGAUGCAAGACAUCAUGAGGGGCGUUACCAUUAUGACCCGUCUCCAAUUCCUCCACUGCAUGUGCCUUCUGCCUUAUCUAGUAGCCCAACAUAUUCAGACCUGCCCUUCAUCAGGAUCUCCCCACACCGGAACCCCGCUGCAGCCUCCGAACCCCCCUUCAGCCCUCCACACCCCUACAUCAACCCCUACAUGGACUACAUCCGGUCUCUUCACAGCCCGUCCCUCUCCAUGAUCUCGGCAGCCCGGGGGCUCAGCCCCACAGACGCCCCCCACGCCGGGGUCAGCCCCGCGGAAUACUAUCAUCAGAUGGCUCUGUUAGCUGGCCAGCGCAGCCCCUACGCGGACAUCAUUCCCUCGGCCGCCACUGCCAGUGCUGGGGCCAUCCAUAUGGAGUAUCUUCACGCCAUGGACAGCACCAGAUUCCCCAGCCCCAGGCUGUCGGCCAGGCCGAGCCGAAAACGUACACUGUCCAUAUCACCGCUGUCCGAUCACAGCUUUGACCUUCAGACGAUGAUAAGGACGUCUCCCAACUCCUUGGUCACGAUUCUCAAUAAUUCUCGCAGCAGCUCUUCGGCAAGCGGUUCCUACGGCCACUUGUCUGCGAGCGCAAUCAGCCCUGCCUUGAGCUUCACCUACCCUUCUGCACCCGUGUCCCUCCAUAUGCAUCAACAAAUCUUAAGCCGACAACAGAGCUUAGGCUCGGCCUUUGGACACAGCCCUCCGCUCAUCCACCCUGCUCCAACGUUUCCAACACAGAGGCCUAUUCCUGGGAUCCCCACGGUUCUGAACCCCGUCCAGGUCAGCUCAGGCCCUUCUGAGUCCUCGCAGAACAAGCCGACGAGUGAGUCCGCGGUAAGUAGCACGGGUGACCUGAUGCAUAACAAGCGGUCCAAGAUCAAGCCCGACGAAGACCUGCCCAGCCCGGGGCCGCGGGGCCAGCAGGAACAGCUGGAAGGAACAACCCUGGUGAAGGAGGAAGGCGACAAAGACGAAAGCAAACAGGAGCCUGAAGUCAUCUAUGAGACCAACUGCCACUGGGAAGGCUGUACACGGGAGUUUGACACCCAGGAACAGCUUGUGCACCAUAUAAAUAACGACCAUAUUCACGGCGAGAAGAAGGAAUUCGUGUGCCGGUGGUUGGAUUGCUCGAGAGAGCAGAAGCCCUUCAAAGCCCAGUACAUGCUGGUGGUGCACAUGAGGAGGCACACGGGGGAAAAGCCUCACAAAUGCACUUUUGAAGGUUGCACAAAGGCCUACUCGAGACUAGAAAACUUGAAAACGCACUUGAGAUCUCACACUGGAGAGAAACCGUACGUCUGUGAGCAUGAAGGUUGCAACAAGGCUUUCUCAAAUGCCUCUGAUCGCGCCAAGCACCAAAACAGGACGCAUUCCAAUGAGAAACCAUAUGUGUGCAAAAUCCCAGGCUGCACGAAGCGCUACACAGACCCGAGUUCCCUCCGGAAGCACGUGAAGACAGUGCAUGGCCCAGAGGCUCAUGUCACCAAGAAGCAGCGUGGGGACAUUCAUCCUCGGCCCCCCCCACCCCGUGAUUCCGGCAGCCAUUCACAGUCCCGGUCGCCCGGCCGGCAGACUCAGGGAGCCCUUGGGGAGCAGAAGGACCUCAGCAACACUACCUCAAAGCGGGAAGAAUGCCUUCAGGUGAAAGCAGUCAAGGCAGAGAAGCCCAUGACAUCUCAGCCAAGCCCUGGUGGUCAGUCUUCAUGCAGCAACCAACAGUCCCCCAUCAGCAACUAUUCCAGCAGUGGGCUCGAGCUUCCUCUGACCGACGGAGGUGGUGUGGGGGACCUCGGUGCCAUCGAUGAAACCCCAGUCAUGGACUCGACCAUUUCCACGGCCACCACCGCCCUGGCCUUGCAAGCCAGGAGGAACCCGGCAGGGACCAAAUGGAUGGAGCACGUAAAACUAGAAAGGCUCAAACAAGUGAAUGGAAUGCUUCCACGACUGAACCCCGUCCUACCCCCCAAAGCCCCUGCAGUGUCUCCUCUCAUGGGAAAUGGCACGCAGCCCAGUACCAGCUGCAGCUUGGGCGGGCCCGUGACUCUUCUCCCAAACAGAAGCGACCUUUCCGGCAUGGAUAUCACCAUGUUGAACAUGCUCAACCGGAGGGACAGCAACACCAGCACCAUCAGCUCUGCCUACCUGAGCAGCCGCCGCUCCUCAGGCAUCUCCCCCUGCUUCUCCAGCCGGAGAUCCAGCGAGGCAUCCCAGGCCGAGGGCCGGCCCCAGAACGUGAGCGUGGCCGACUCCUACGACCCCAUCUCCACCGACGCCUCACGCAGGUCCAGCGAGGCCAGCCAGGGAGACGGGCUGCCCAGCCUGCUCAGCCUCACGCCGGCGCAGCAGUACCGCCUGAAAGCCAAGUAUGCAGCGGCCACGGGUGGGCCACCCCCCACCCCGCUGCCUAACAUGGAGAGGAUGAGCCUGAAGACCAGGAUGGCCCUGCUUGGGGACGGCAGGGAGCCCACGGGGGCCCUGCCCCCCGUGCACCCUCCGCGGAGGUGUAGCGACGGGGGCACCCACAGUCACGGCCGCCGCCCUCUGCUGCCCGCCGAUGGGCUGGGCAAUGGCGUGAGGAGGGCCAGCGACCCGGUGAGGACGGUGUCCGAGAGCCUCUCCCUGCCACGGGUGCAGCGCUUCAGCAGCCUGCAGAGCUUCAGCCCUCCGGCGCUGCCUCCCUCCCUGGAAAAGCGCAACUUAGUGCUUCAGAACUACACGCGGCCCGAGGGCGGCCAGCCCCGCCACUUCCCAGCGUCUCCCUGUCCUCCGAGCAUUACCGAGAACGUCACCCUAGAGUCCCUGACCAUGGACACCGAGCUGAACCUGAACGAGGAGGAUUUCUUGCCCGAUGAUGUGGUGCAGUAUUUAAAUGCCCAGACCCAAGCAGGGUAUGAGCAGCCCUUCCAAAGCGCCGUCUCCGACGAUGGCAAAGUGCCCCAUGGGCCCAGCCUGGGGAGUGGGCAUGGAGACUUUGACCCCCCCGGGCUGCCAGAUGGCCACCCCGGCCACACUGGCCACGCCAGCCAGCAGUACCGGCCGCUCGAGCAGCCUUGCCCGCAAGCCAGCAAAUCCGACCUGCCCAUUCAGUGGAAUGAGGUCAGCUCUGGCAGCGCCGACCUGUGCUCUUCCAAGCUGAAAUGUGGCCAUCGGGCUGCAGCGCAGCAGGCCCGAGCCUUCGGCUUCUACAGCAACAUGGGCGUCCACCCACAGCAUCCCUUGAGGAGCGGGGCCGGCCCUGCCGGGGGGUAUCCGGCCCUCGCCGAGCCCGGCAGCUCCUACAGCAGCCCAGAGCACUUGGUGAGCCACGGCAGCGGAAGCAGUGGGCCUGGCACCAAUGGGAACGCCUUCCAUGAACAGCCCUACAAGGCCCAGCCAUAUGGAACCUGCCUCAACAGGCAGCCUGGGGCCCCUGGCCUGCUCGACGGGGCCUGUGGUGCCGGGAUUCAAGCAGCAAAGCUGAAAAGCGCCACAGUGCCGGCGAACGGGAGCCAGCCAGAUUUUGGCCUGUCGGUGGCACCCAACGAGUCAGCGGGCGGUGCCGUGAAUGUCAUGGCGCCCCAAGACCUGGUGGGCCAGGGAUACCUGGCCCCUCAGCUGCUUAGCGACCACCAAGGGGCAGGCCGCGCCGGCCAGCAGAUGCUAGGGCAGGUUAGCGCUACCUCACACAUCAAUAUCUAUCAAGGGCCAGAGAGCGGCCUGCCAGGGCCCCCCUGCCUCGGCAGCCAGCCGUCCAGCUUGGCAGCUUCCAGGGGCUACCAGGCGUGUGCCGGCUACGGGGGCAUCAGGCGCCAGGCUGUGCUGAGGGGCAGCCUUGCUCUGCAGCAGGGACAGCUCAGUGACACCAGUCCAACCUGCAGGGUGAAUGGCGUCAAGAUGGAGAUGCACGGGCAGCCCCAUCCACUCUGUUCGAACGCGCAGAGUUACUCUGGUCAGUUCUAUGACCAAACCGUUGGCUUCAGUCAGCAGCAAGACAUGAAAACUGGUUCAUUCUCCAUUUCAGAAGCCAACUGCCUGCUACCGGGGGCCAGCGCCGAAAACUCUGAAUUACUCUCCCCAGGUGCUAACCAGGUGACGAGCACGGUUGACAGCCUCGACAGCCAUGACCUGGAAGGGGUGCAGAUUGACUUUGAUGCUAUCAUAGACGAUGGGGACCAUGCCAGCCUGAUGUCAGGAGCCCUGAGCCCCAGUAUCAUUCAGAACCUUUCCCACAGCUCCUCCCGCCUCACGACGCCACGCGCGUCCCUCCCACUGCCCGCGCUGUCGGUGAGCACCACCAACAUGGCCAUCGGGGACAUGAGCUCUUUGCUGACCUCCCUCGCGGAAGAAAGCAAAUUCCUUGCAGUGAUGCAGUAGGCGUUAGGAGAAAGGCUGCCAACCAGCGUGAAA